GUUGCACGUUAGUAUAGAGUUUGUGAGAGGCAACGGCAGACUCCUGCCUCAGGUUUAAGCUGCCCCAUUUCGCUGAGCACCUCCCGCGCCCGUGCUCAGCUUUCGUGCUGAUUGGCCGGUUUCCUCGGGAGGGUUUGAGUCGAAUGCGCUGUGCCACAGCUCGAGUUCUGUUGGUUGUCCGCUGCCGGGGUAACGGUAACGGACUGGAAGCGGCUCAACCCUCACACCUACAGCUCACCAACACUAACCACCGCUUGCCUCCGGAUCAAACAGGGGUAACAGUGGGCCCUGAGAGGAAGGCAGGAGUGUGGAACACCAUGAGUUUAGCAGAAAUUUAUGAUAAUGUAAAGAAAGGGAGAGAGUAUGCCCUUUUAGGAAACUAUGAUUCUUCAAUGGUUUACUACCAAGGAGUGAUCCAGCAGAUUCAAAAACACACUCAUUUAAUAAGAGAUCCAGCUUUAAAGGUGAAAUGGUUGCAGGUGCGACAGGAGCUAGUUGAAGAGUAUGAGCAGGUGAAAAGUAUUGUAAACACAUUGGAAAGCUUUCGAGUAGAGAAACCUCCAACUGAUUUCUCUGUGCCACAGCAAGAUGAGUCUCCCAAAGAUCCAAGUAUUUGGCCACCACCUAUUCCAGUUGAGCACAGAGCUCCUUUGAUGAAGCGGCAAAAUCGUGAAGUUAAACCAUCUCGUAAAGAGUCUCCAGUUGUCCAGGCACGAGGACUUGUAGGUCGAGGGCAACAGGCUGGUAGAGCUGAGAAGUCCAGCAGCAAGUAUGGUGGUGAUUCCAGAAUUAGGGCGAAAGAUGAUAAGGGCAAAAGGAAUCCCCAGGAAGCAGCAGGAGAUGCCGAUGGGAAGAAAUUUGAUGGAACUGGUUAUGACAAAGAAUUAAUUGAUGUUCUGGAGAGAGAUAUAAUAUCUAGAAAUCCAAAUGUCCGCUGGGAUGAUAUAGCUGAUUUAGAAGAUGCUAAAAGACUUUUGAGAGAAGCUGUUGUGUUACCAAUGUGGAUGCCUGACUUUUUCAAAGGAAUAAGACGACCAUGGAAGGGGGUCUUAAUGGUUGGACCACCAGGGACAGGUAAAACCAUGUUAGCUAAAGCCGUGGCUACAGAAUGUGGUACAACUUUUUUUAAUGUGUCCUCUUCUACAUUAACUUCCAAAUAUCGAGGAGAGUCUGAAAAAUUGGUUCGUUUGUUGUUUGAAAUGGCUCGAUUUUAUGCUCCAACUACUAUUUUUGUAGAUGAAAUUGAUUCAAUUUGUAGUCGUAGAGGCACCUCUGAUGAACAUGAAGCCAGCCGCAGAGUCAAAUCAGAAUUGCUCAUUCAGAUGGAUGGUGUCGGGGGUAGUUCAGAGAAUGAGGAUCCAUCAAGAAUGGUAAUGGUUCUGGCUGCCACAAAUUUUCCAUGGGAUAUAGAUGAAGCAUUACGGAGGAGACUCGAAAAAAGAGUGUACAUUUCAUUGCCAACAGCAAAUGGAAGAGCAGAACUACUGAAAAUAAAUCUACGAGGGGUUGAUGUUGCUUUAGGUGUUGAUGUUACAAUAAUUGCUGAGAAGAUGGAAGGUUAUUCUGGUGCAGACAUCACCAAUGUAUGCAGAGAUGCUUGCAUGAUGGCAAUGCGUCGACGAAUUCAAGGCCUGUCCCCUGAAGAAAUCAAAGCUUUAUCCAAAGAAGAAUUGCAAAUGCCUGUAACAAUGGAUGACUUCGAACUGUCUCUAAAGAAAAUCUCCAAAUCCGUUUCUGCUUCAGAUCUUGAAAAGUAUGCAACUUGGAUGGCUGAGUUUGGUUCAGUGUAGUUCUAGGUGAAAGUGAAUCGAUUUGAGUUAUAUAUACUGUGUGAGUCAUAGGGAAUUGAGGAUUAAGUUGGUACAUUUUGGUUCAUAAAUAGACAGUGUAUUAAUAAGUUGAGCCUUGAGAACUGGCUGUUUACUGAUGCUGACUUGAUGCAUACAAAUUAAAGCACUUUAUUAUACUAGUAAUUAAACCAACUGGCAUGUAUUGGGUCACAGUAAUGUCAGGUUAUUUAAUUGUGUUGACCAAUUCGUUUAAAAAAAAAGAACUUUUUUCCCUUUAUUCAUGUUAGAGAAAUCUUUAAUUACAUCUCAACAUAAAACUAUGGUGUGUAUUGAAAAUAAUUCUUCUCUCUGGUCUAAAUUAUUGGUCUGAAUUAUCUAAAUUCAUUCCAUAAUUCAGUACAUUGCAUAUUUGAAUGCUCCAAACGUACGCCUUUGUUUAACAGCCAUAUAUGUAAUGCAUAGCAAUAAUUAUGUGAUUUGGGCUUGAAGUAUAGAAGAAACUACAUUUCUGCUUUAAUUAAUCAUGAACAAAACUAACAAUUCCAUAGGCAACAAUAUAUUUUCAUUUGUUAGAUUUUUUAAUGGUUUUAUAAAAAAUUGAAAAGGCUUCAUUUAUUUGUCUGCUUAUCUUCAGGUGAGUUUAAUCAUUUAGUUCCAUGGUGGUACAAAUCAAACAAAUUAACAAAAUCUUUAAAUUUUCUUCUUGAUUUUUGUUUUGUCUGCUCUGUGGUAGACCAUAGUAGCAAGUAAUUACUCCCGUCAUUUAUCCUAUUGCCCCUUGACCUUAAUUUUGUGUUUACAGUUAGCUUCCCGACCAUUUUUACAGAGAGUGACAUUUGCCAUUGAAGGGUAUAAAAGUGAUAAUAGGGUAAUAUAACAUUACUUUAUUACAAUUGCAUUAUUCUUUGAGAAUAUUUAGUUUGCUUUGAAUUAUUUUGCUGUUGUAUAUACCAGCAUUAUAAAGAUAACUGUUUAGCCCAUUGCAUACUAAAUUAUGAAUAACCAAGCCCAGUUUUGUUAAAAUCACCACUACUAUUUGUUUAUGCAGUAGAUAAACUUGUUACAGGAGUUUUAUAGCAGAGAACUAACUGGUAUUUCCAUGCUUGGUAAUUUGAUUUAAUUGUGGUUUAGAUAUGAAGAAUCUUAUUAACUUACUGAGCUGAUUAGUAUAUCUAACUACAAGUAACUACUAGUAACCUUGAUUUAAGGAUGGAUACACUAAGCAUUGCACAAGGACAUCAAAAGUCAAUGAACAAUUUUAAUUGUUCCAUUGUUUCUAAUAUGAUAAUGAGGCAGAAUAUCUUGUAGCAUUCUUUUUCAGUUUAUAAAUUAACUCCAUGCUAAUACAAUGACUAAUUUAGCUAAGCUUGAGUUGAAUAGUGUUGUAAACAUCAACAAUUCAGUAUUAAGUUAUGAGCAUUCCUUUUAGUACUUGCACUUUUUGUACAAAACUUUCUAAGAACAGGGAUGCUAAUGUUUUAUGUCAUUUUAUAUUGUGUAAAAGCUUUGUGUAUUAUGUUAAUAACCACUCAUAUUACUUCUAAAUAUUAUUUAUGUUGUAUUUUUGUUAUGCAACUGUUCUAAAUAAUUUUUUAAACACCUGUGAAAUCUCUGGUACAAUGGACUAAUCCUGAUAAGCUUACUAGUAAACAUACUUUUGAAUUUGU